GGCGCAGGCGCAGAGCGGGCAGCGGCGGCUGCGGGAGCAGCACCGGGAACUGCACCGGGAACUGUAUCGGGAAUUGCAUCGGGAACUGCAGCCAUGCCGGGGCUGCUGCUGGGGGAUGAGGCGCCCAACUUCGAGGCGGACACCACGCAGGGUCGCAUCCGCUUCCACGACUUCCUGGGAGACUCGUGGGGCAUCCUGUUCUCCCACCCGCGGGACUUCACCCCGGUGUGCACCACGGAGCUGGGCCGGGCGGCCAAGCUGGCACCCGAGUUCAGCAAGCGCAACGUGAAGAUGAUCGCGCUCUCCAUCGACAGCGUGCAGGACCACCUCUCCUGGUGCAAGGACAUCAAUGCCUACAACGGGGAGCAGCCUGCAGAGAAGCUGCCCUUCCCCAUCAUCGCUGACAAGAACCGGGAGCUGGCUGUGCAGCUGGGCAUGCUGGACCCGGACGAGCAGGACAAGGACGGCAUGCCCCUGACGGCCCGUGUGGUGUUCGUUUUUGGCCCUGACAAGAAGCUGAAGCUCUCUAUCCUGUACCCAGCCACCACUGGGAGAAACUUUGAUGAGAUCCUGAGAGUGGUGGACUCCCUGCAGCUCACAGCAUACAAGAAGGUCGCUACCCCCGUGGACUGGAAGCCCGGUGACAGCGUCAUGGUGGUGCCCACCUUACCCGACGAGGAGGCCAAGAAGCUCUUCCCCAAAGGGGUCUUCACCAAGGAGCUGCCCUCGGGCAAGAAGUACCUGCGCUACACCCCGCAGCCAGAGUGAGGGCU